UAUUCGCCGCCGAUUGUUUUCAAACAUCACGUACCGACCUUAGCUCGACCGUACCUCCUGUUGCUACGCCUUGCUGCAAUUUGCAUUCACUUUGCUCGAUCGAUUCGACCAGAAUAUCGAUACCUGUUGGAUACAUUAUAUUCCUUCUAAUACGCUUGCCAGCAUUCAGAUAUUCGGUACAUUUCUGUGGACAUUGGUAGAUUUAUUCUGGAUCACGCCCCUUUUCUCGAGUCGCCUAUUCUCGAGUCGGACACCAAAUCUUCCAGUCGAGCCUUGGAAAUUUUGCGUCGCGUGCCCUCAACCAGGCACGCUUAUUCUUCAAGACGGCUGUUCUAUCGCAAAACGGGCGGGACACACAGGUCCCCCCUCAUCUCCUCAGCAUGCAGGAUCUCAAUGGGGCUGUAGGCCAGGGCCGUGGCUCCAAUGGACACCACGGUGGACGAUUUGGCCAUGCUUCGAAGCCAUCCAACAGCGACACUGGCUUCUCGCACGGCGCCUUUACAUCGAACGUGUCGGGAUUUGCUGACCGCCACCCUCGUCGUGGCAAUGUUCCCUCUUUGAACACCCAGACGAUGAACCAGGCACAGACUAUGCCUGCGGCUGGUGCCGAUAUUGCAACACCCGGUACUGCCUUUGACAUGCAGUUUACGCCCUUGCUGCCAUCCCAGCUGCUCCUCGGAAGCCCGUUUCAGCCUGGAUCCCCCGGUGCAUUCAGCAGCCCUCAGUUCCAACAGGUGCACAACUUUCAAGCUCAGGGUCAGCAGCAGCAACAACAGCACCAGCAUCAGCAACAGCAGCAGAGUCAGAUGAACCACCAGCAGAAUGCUGGCAUGGCCAGCCCUGUUCAGCAGAACAUGUCGCCUCAGCAGUACCAGGCCAUGGUCUCGCCCUCCGCCUACGGUGCUCCUCACUUCUAUGCGCCUCCUCAAUCGCCUACGGGCAACUACUCGAUGCAGGCACCCAUGCAGCCUAGCUCGCCUGUUCACAUGAACGCGGGUGCGGUCACUGGCACCAGCCGCACUGUGUAUUUGGGCAACAUUCCACCUGAUACUGUGGCCGAGGAGAUUCUGGGUCACGUUAGGAGUGGACAGAUUGAAUCCGUCCGCCUGUUGCCCGACAAGAACUGUGCUUUCAUCUCCUUCUUGGAUGCUAGCUCCGCUACCCACUUCCACUCUGAUGCCAUCUUGAAAAAGCUCUGCAUCAAGGGCCAAGAUAUCAAGGUCGGCUGGGGCAAGCCGUCGCAAGUUCCCACCUCGGUGGCGUUGGCCGUGCAACAGUCAGGCGCCUCACGCAACGUCUACUUGGGCAACCUGCCUGAGGACAUCAGCGAAGAGGAGAUACGCGAGGAUCUGGGCAAGUUUGGUGCUAUCGAUACCGUCAAGCUUGUCCGUGAGAAGAACAUUGCUUUCGUGCACUAUCUCUCCAUUGCGAAUGCCAUCAAAGCCGUUGGCCAGCUUCCUCAGGAGCCCAAGUGGCAGGCCCCUCGCCGCGUGUACUACGGCAAGGACCGAUGCGCCUACGUCUCCAAAACACAGCAGCAGAAUGCCGCCCAGUAUCUGGGUAUCUCGCCGGGAUAUGCUCACAUGCUGACAGGUGCUGACCGUGACUUGAUUUCCAACACCCUCGCUCAGCAAUCGGUUGCUGCUGCUGCUGUCGCCACUACUGCCGGUGGCAUCAACAACCUCGGCAACCGUACGAUCUACCUUGGCAACAUUCACCCCGAGACGACGAUUGAGGAGAUUUGCAACGUUGUGCGAGGAGGACUCUUGCAUCAUAUUCGCUACAUCCCGGACAAGCACAUUUGCUUCGUCACGUUCAUCGACCCCACGGCCGCAGCUUCAUUCUAUGCCCUCAGCAACCUUCAGGGGCUGAUGAUCCAUAACCGACGACUCAAGAUUGGCUGGGGCAAGCACUCUGGCGCUCUCCCGCCUGCGAUUGCCAUGGCUGUUAGCGGCGGCGCUUCUCGAAACGUGUACAUUGGCAACUUGGACGAGAUUUGGACGGAGGAAAGAUUGCGCCAAGACUUCUCCGAGUACGGCGAAAUCGAACUCGUCAAUGCUUUGCGGGAGAAGAGCUGUGCUUUUGUCAACUUCACCAACAUUGCCAAUGCCAUCAAGGCCAUAGAGGCUGUGCGCGGGAAGGAGGAGUACAGGAAGUUCAAGGUGAACUUUGGCAAGGAUCGCUGUGGCAACGCGCCCCGCCAGAUGCACAACUCGCAAUCGCCUCGUGGUGACGGCGGCACAUCACCACCUCCCCACGGUGACAACGGCCGUGGCGGUUCGCCCACCGGGCAGUUUGGCGUGAACAACAACCCUCUGACGAUGUACCUGAACCAGUUGUCCCAGCAGGCACAGCAGCAGCAGCAGCAACACCACCAGCAGAACUAUGCUGCUCAACAGAGCGCCCUCUUUGGCUCGUCUCAGCAGUCCCCCAGUGACCUCGGCAUCGACGUUGCCCCACAGAUUCAACAGGCACAGCUGGGCGGCCACGGUCAAUCCGCCAGCAUCUCGAACGGGUACCCAGCGAACGGAGCCAUGUCCGGCGCGACGACCAUUGGUGGACUGCUGGCACCCAAUGCUCGCGGCCAGCACAACCGAGCCGUCAGCCUGCCCGCUCUUGCGCCUGGUUUCGAGAACGGAGGCAACAGCCCCAACAGCGUGCCGGGUAGCAAUGGCAGCGACGGCGAGCGUCGUGGCCAUGGAUAUCAAGCCAGCUAUGGUGGGAUGGGAGGCGGUUUCGGCCUCGCCAUCCAGGGCGGCCUCAACGGCUGGGUUGAGGAGGAAGUGGCCAACUAAUGGGUGAUGAAGGAUGCAAAAGCAGAGGGAAUGAUUAUACUUUUUUGUAAUUGUGGCGGGGAUCUAGGCCUGCCCUAAUAUUUGCCGGAACUUUUUUUUUUCGUUCUCAUAGGGAACUUUGUUUGGAUUGUACGCACUCAUUACCUAUUGCUGGUGGAUUAUGCUGGAGAUUGCCGCUUUGAAGCCUGGCAAAGACGUCAAGGACCCAGGGAGAAGGGUCAAAA